GAGUUUACCUGGACCAUGGCGGCAGCGCCGCCUCUGCGGGACCGCCUGAGCUUCCUACAUAGGCUCCCCAUUCUCCUGAAGGGGACCUCAGACGAUGACGUCCCGUGUCCGGGCUACCUGUUUGAAGAGAUUGCUAAAAUUUCUCAUGAGUCGCUGGGCAGCAGCCAGUGCCUGCUGGAGUACCUCCUGAACCGCCUGGACAGUAACUCUGGCCACGUGAAGCUCAAGGUGCUGAAGAUCUUGCUUUACCUGUGUGGUCAUGGCUCUUCCUCCUUCCUGCUCAUCCUCAGAAGAAACUCUGCUCUCAUCCAGGAAGCCACAGCUUUCGCAGGGCCCCCCGAUCCUCUUCAUGGAAAUAGCCUCUACCAGAAAGUGCGGGCAGCUGCGCAGGACCUGGGUAGCACCUUGUUCUCAGAUGCCAUACCACUGCCUUCGUCCCAGCCGCCCCAGGUCCUGCCUCCAGCAGGCAUGGGCGCCCAGGCCAGACCUCACAGUGCUCUCCAGGGCUUUGGCUACACUAAGGAGUGGGGCCGGACAGGCUCUGCGGGUGAGAGCUUCCUCUCUACGAUCCAGAGGGCUGCAGAGGUUGUGGCUAAUGCAGUGCGUUCUGGGCCUGAAAACCCCAGCACCCAGGGACCUUUCCCACGUGGUGAUACCUACCAGCCUGCAGUGACACCCUCAGCUAGCCACACAUUUCCCAACUCUAGGAAUCUACUCCCUGGGGCCAUCCUGGGGUCCAGAGCCGUGAAACACCAGCCUGGGCAGCCUGCAGGGGGCUGGGAUGAGCUGGACAGUGGUCCUAGUUCCCAGAAUUCCUCCUGCACCAGCAACCUGAGCAGGGCCUCAGACUCAGGCAGUCGGUCUGGCAGUGACAGCCACUCUGGUGCCAGCCGGGACCUGGCAGAAAGGGCUGAGGCCAUGCCCCCAAAUGACUGCCAGCAAGAGCUGACUCUAGUAAGAACUGUGACUCAGGGGCCACGUGUCUUCCUGAGCCGUGAGGAGACACAACACUUCAUCAAAGAGUGUGGACUGCUCAACUGUGAGGCUGUGCUGGAGCUUCUCCUCCGCCAGCUGGUCGGGACCAGUGAGUGUGAGCAGAUGAGGGCGCUGUGUGCCAUCGCCGCCUUUGGAGGUGCUGAUCUCCUGCCGCAGGAGCAUGUCCUCCUCCUCUGCAGGCAGCAGCUGCAGGAACUUGGUGCAGGCAACCCUGGACCUGUGACCAACAGAGCCACCAAGAUUCUGAGACACUUUGAAGCCUCCUGUGGACAGCAGCUCCCUGCUCUAAGGCCCUGUGCCCAGCCGACCUCUGCAGCUGCCCUUCUGGGCGCAGCUGACCUGCUGACCAGCCCUGUGCCUCCGCCUGCAAGCCAGGUCUUCCUCCAGCCUCUUAGCUCCACCACAGUUGUGCCCAGAAGUCCUGAGCCCACGCCAUCCCCAGACACCUUUCCUCUGUCAGCUCUGGAGGGAGCCAGUGAGGUCAGAACCCAAUUAACAUGUUCUGGUGAACAGGGGACAGGAUCUGAGCGGAGCCCAGAGAACACAGACACCCCAAAGGGCAGCUCCAGCUCAAGCAUGUGGAGCCCCAACUCUUUGUUUGCUGGCAUGGAGCUGGUGGCUUGCCCCCGCCUGCCCUGUCCCAGCUCCCAGGAUCUGCAGCCAGGUUUACAGAAGGCGACCACAGAAGCUUCAGUUUCAGAGCCAUCAGCAUUUGCAUUUUUAAACAUGUGACUGUCUGGACCCCACUGUACAGUCCCCUCUGGCUCUCAUGGAGGCCCCAGGACCUCCUGGCCUCAUGGUCACCUCAGUUCCUGAGUGUCUUC